GAAUCGUUCUAAAAAGAGUGUUUUCCUUUUUAUUAAUCUAUAGUAGUACUGAUUAGUAUUUUAAAAAUUGUGUAAAUGUAAACAAAACAAAUCUUGACGUUUUUCCCCGGAAGUAUCAACAAAAAAGAUUGCAUUAUAUUAAUAAAGCCAUGAAAAAUGGUUGUUUUGUUUUUUCUAAUGUGGCUGUUACAAGUACAUUUCAUAAAGACACAUACACAGAACAUAAACCUAAAAAUGCAUUGGAAUCUAUUGGGUCAUGGAUUUCAUAGAGAGUUAAUAACAACCAUAACGAUUCCAGAUGACAUCAGGACAUUGCAUUCUAAUAAAGGUUGUUCAAUACUUCUGUUACAAAGCCUACCUCCGGGGGUCUAUGCUGAUCCUUUUCAACUGAGUUCACUUGUGCAGUUUGGUGGUCCUAAGGUUUUAUUUAACAAUGAUGUGAAUAUUGAGGCUCCAGAGUAUCUUUCAAAGACUGUUGAACUGUAUAUAUUUCUUCAAGUAUCUGACUACAAGUUUUAUCAAAGUUCCAAAAACACUGUGAUUAAUAUUAGUUUACCAAUACAUGCUCGCUAUCACAAGCCAACAGCCAUGAAAGAAGUUACUCAUUCACCCAUUACCUUGCUACAUCCUGGCCUGUACUCUAAUUGCUCACAACUAGAUCCAAAUCAUGCCAUAUCUGCUCCUUGUAGCUUUCUGAACAAUGCUGUAUGUCAAUGGACACAACUACAUUACUUAAGUAGUACUGCUCCAUUACACAUGACUGUGCCUGUAGGGCAGGAAAAAGAUAAACCUCUGGUCAUUGUCAUUACAUUACUAGUCACCUUUAUUGCAUGCAGUUUUCUAUUGAGAGCCAUGUGGUCAUUCAAUAAUGCUCACCCUAAAACUUCAUGAUAUUACAGAAGUAGGGGAUGUUUUAAAAUAUUUGAUAAGCAAAGAAAAUAAAUUAUUAUGCAUUACUUCUACAUCCUCAGUAUACUACAAGUAUUAAAAAUUACUUUUUAGAGAAUAGUUUAUAACAAAAGUACUGUGCCAAUCCAUAUACAAGUUUAAGAAAUUUAAUUCGAAAUUGUAGUUAUUAUAUAAUUAUAGUAAAAGAGGAAAUACUCAUUUUGGACUUGACAGUCAAUAGAUAAAGUAAAGUUCAUCUGUUUUUAUGACCACAAUAUAAUUGGGUUGGAAGAACAGCAGAUCACCUAACGACCUUUCUUUCUUGACCAUAUUUAUUUUAAAAUGAAAAGUAGUCACAUCAUCCCAUAAUUUCUAUAGGGCUAUUCCAUAGUGUAUGAAUAAUUCAUACACUAUGUACUUUAUGUAAAUAGAGAAUUAAUUUGUUGAAAGUUAACAAACAUUUUAUAACUGUAGAAACAAGUUGGAAAAGAGAUUCUGAAGCUUUAUGGUAAAAAGAUAUUGCUUCAAAUUGGAAGAUGUCUGUGGUGUUGAAUUUAUGAAAGUAGAUUUUUGUUGUAAUAUAAAUUUUGCCUAUGUCUUCAAUAAGCAUAGAAAUAAAUAUGUGAGGCUUUGAAGUUUUUAUGUCAAU